AACUUCAACGGCUUAUUCCAUUCCAGAAAAUGAAAAUGGGUGCAGACAGGAUAGAAAUGUCAGUGUACUGUUGUGUUGAGUGAAUAAUAACAUCGCUUCAAUGAAAGUUUUGUUGUGUUGUCUAUGGAAACAGUAACACAUCUGUCAUAUUUGCAGUUUACUCACAGGUGAUAUAAAUAAAUAUUACACGAUUUCGUACUUACGGGAGUUGUUUCUCCGUAAAGCAAUGACUGAGUAUAAGUUGGUUGUUGUGGGGGCUGGUGGUGUGGGCAAAAGUGCUUUGACUAUUCAGUUAAUACAAAAUCAUUUUGUAGAUGAGUAUGACCCUACUAUAGAAGAUUCUUAUAGAAAGCAGGUAGUCAUAGAUGGAGAAACGUGUUUAUUAGACAUUCUUGAUACUGCUGGCCAAGAAGAAUACAGUGCCAUGAGGGACCAGUACAUGAGGACUGGUGAGGGUUUUUUGCUUGUGUUUGCUGUCAACAGCAUAAAGUCUUUUGAAGAUAUUGGAACUUAUCGGGAACAAAUCAAAAGAGUGAAGGAUGCAGAAGAAGUCCCUAUGGUACUUGUUGGGAACAAGUGUGAUUUAUCUUCAUGGGCUGUUUCAAUGAAUGAAGCUCGAGAAGUGGCUAAACAGUAUGGUAUACCACUUGUUGAAACAUCGGCUAAAACUCGAAUGGGCGUUGAUGAUGCUUUCUACACGCUUGUUAGAGAAAUCAGGAAAGAUAAGGAAAGAGGUAAAGGAAAAAAACAGAAAGGGGCGAAUAAAAAGAAAUUAUGCUCCUUGCUUUAAAUAUAACCCUUAAAAUUUUACAGCCAGCCAUAUAUUUAAUUUAGCCCAUAAUAUAGUAUUAGUAGAUUUGUGAAUUAUUUUUACUUAACUCUAUUUUUGUAUAUAUUAUACUAUGUCGCUCAUUCGAAGUUAUACAUUUUUUAAGUUAAAAACAAAUUAAACUAUACCAAGAGAUUAUUUGAAGCAAAAAUAUUAGUUUAUAAUCUUAUGUAGAUUGAAUCACGCCCGCUUAUGAGUUUGAUCGUACUUAUUCGCUAGUAACAAUUUCAUAAAAGCUGAAAUGAUAGUUUUCUUAGCAGAAAAUCUUCUAUCUUCUCUUUACUUUUUCACCGUUCAUUUUCUUCCUCUUCUCCUUUUUUCAAGAACUUCAAAGCUCAGAUUAGUUUAAAUUUUUAUCUUGAUUUUUCUAUUUCAUCAUGCCUGAGCUCUUUGUCAAUGGUUUUGAUUAGUUCAUGGUUAGAGUUCAUUAUGUGGACCUGAUUUUUAUAUUAAUAUUAACAAACUAUAUUUUCAAAAUAAAAACUAUUGAUAAUAAGCUUUAAUCCAGUAUUGAUUAAUUAAUUUCGACAAAUAACUUAUCAGUACACACAAUAUUUAUUCUAAACAUGAUUUUCAUUUAAAAGAGUGACAAUUAAUUUUAGAAAAUAAAAUAGCUUUUGAAGAUGAUUAGUGCUGGAAACACUGGUACCUACAUAUAAACAUUUUAACCACUUUGAUAGUGAUUUUCAAUUAGUACCCACAAUAAAAAAUUGUAAAAGGUUUUGUUACAAAUUUUCUAUUUAUUCUUUUUUUUGUUUAGUCGGUUACGAUUCGUUAUAUCUUUAUGAGUUUGUGUUAUCACAUAUUAAAGUAAUAUAUGCUGUUAUCAAUUUAUAAAUAUCAAUAGUUCUGUUCUAUGUUAAAUAUUGAUGAUUAUUCUUAGUGAGGUUACAGUAUAAUAAGCAGCCACCAAUUGAAUCAUCGAUAUUCAUGAAUAACGAAUCCACGAUGUAACUACUGAAACCAAAUUACGUUAUAGGUAUUUCAAAUUACAGUAUAGCUCGGCUGUUUUUAUAUCUUAGAAAAUUAAUAAUUUAAUAAUGAAUAAAAAGCUCUCUAGGCCAUGUAUAAUUUACAAAUUGCAACAAAAAACAUUUAGCUAUUUUUUACUAUGUUGAAGGCUAUGAGUCUUCUGGCUCCUUGUGACAUAAAUAAUACAUAUACAUCCCUAUUGUACUUACGGGAUCAUUAAUAAACAUGAUUUAACUGUUUUUUAAUUAAUUUGGGACAAUAAUGGUCCAAUCGAAUUAUAUUGUUGGCGUUUAAGAUUGUAUUAAGCAAUAGUGUUAUUCUCUGAAAUAAAAACAGCUAGCAAUUAUUAACUAUGUAUAUGUAUAGGUCAAAUGUUUUUAUAUUCAACAGUUUAGAUAUUUCUAAUUGAUAGUUAGUUGUGGUGGCCUGCAGCCCUUAGUGAUUUAAAAACCAGGUCUGCUUAUGAUACUCUGCCUUUGUUCUCUACCCGUGUAAGUAAUAGGCAGGCCUAAACCCUUUUUCAUGUUAUUUUGAGCUAACAACAACUCCCUGAGGUGUAGGCCUUCGGCGACAUUCAGCGCAUCCUCCUGUGUUUACUGUCAGUCCCCGAGGUUGAUGUGCCUUAGCAACUACAGACUCAAUGGUGUCGUCACCAGCACAGUUCUACGUUUAAGCCUCAAAGUGUUUGUCAUUUAAGUUCGGUACUUGCAGUCGAAAUUUACAUUCCAGUGUUACCUUGACAAGAUAGAUGUCAUUCUUUGAUUUGGAAUUCCUCUAGUUAUCUUGAGUCCUUAAUUAAAUAUUUUAAGAAAGGAGUUUUUAAGUGUUUAAUUCUCCUGUGAUAUUCUUGGUGACAAAUUAUUUUGAGUGUUCUUGUCUAGUUUCACUACCGUUCACCAAGGUAUUUGAAAGUAGCUCUGCUCUGAUCUUACCAAGAUAUCGUUGAGCGUUAUUUUUUGUGAUUGAAUGAUGACAAGACUGCCUUUCUUGGCAGCGGGUCAAAGCGAUCUGUCAAGUACCAGUUCCACCAGCCGAGCACCUACCACCUCCAGUCCGAUCCAUCGCAAAUCAUUAAAAAUCAAUUCUUCCUACUACCUGUUUAGAUCUUUAAAAAUCUGUGCUUAGAGCAUUAAUAAAUUACAAGCUACAAUUUUUCCGUUUUAAAAUAUAUACUUCCACUACAUAUCUAUUCCUUAUUGUAGUGUUCCAUUUUAUUAUUUAUUUUUUAAAGCAUGAACACACUAUACUAUGUAUGUAUUUUUUGAUAUAUCACAGUUUCUGUGAAAAAACUAUCAUUUUUUGCAGAGGGUAAUAUUACACACAAAUCCUCGACUUUUAUUAUCAGCAUCAACUGUUUCAUUGUUACAAAUUGUUUUGUAGGCCUGUUUAUUAGUGGUCAUAUCCUGCAGCUAAGCAGAAUAAUUUUAUUAAUAUCGAUUGUAUUAUAAAUAGGCGAUAUUUGAAAAAAUGUGACAUUAUGUACGGAUAUUUUAGAACUCAAGUCAUUUAGGUAGUAGACCUAAACUAUUAUUUUAACUUAGUGGAAUAACAAAUAAUUUAUUGUGUUUUCUCUACUCUAUAUUAAUUGAAAUAACUAGGUUCUUAUUUAAGAAUGUUAGCUCAGAAGGCAACAAGAUACUUUGACCCUAAUAUUUUAAUAAGCUAAACUUUGUUGUGGUACCUACAGAAAAAUAUUUUUUUUUCUGUAAAAAAAAUGUUUGAUACUGGAUAUAAGUUUGAACCUGUACUGUAACCUAUUAUCUUAGCAGGGCAGAUGUUCAAAUGUAAACUUGGGAAUUCAGUGUUGGAAAAUUUGUUUUCUGAUAUUAGAAUAACUAGACAUAAGCAUUCAAUGUAGACACAUUAUAGCCUUCAAGGCAAACACACUAUCUGUUUGUUUUAUGUUACACUGAAGCAUAACAAGUGUUCUGAGUAAAGCGUAUUAACAAUUUAUCAAGUCUCUAUUGGAAAUUUGUUCUCUUCUGUUGGUUUGAAACUGCAGUUAUUAGCACAAGUAUUACUAAUUAAGUGAUGAAUAGUUAUAUAUACAAAACAUUAAUUGAAUAGGCCUGCAAAACAAACAAAAAUUUGUAUAAAAUGCCAUGUAUUUUAUAUGCAGUUUGUAUGAUUAAAUUUAGUGACAUGAAUAAAAAAAAUGUUUUGUUUGGAAGCUUCAAACUUAUGUAACUUUUAUUGUAGCCUAACUGUAUACCUGAAUGUGUUUUUAUAUAAGCUAUCAAUAUCUUUACUCUUGAAAAUGUAUUCAAAAUCUUUUUAUUGUUUCUUGUUGGUUUUUCUUUAGGCUUAUUUCCUGAUAGCAAGAUUGUCAAACUUUGUCAAAAGGUCUUAUGAAUAUGAUUUAUAAGUGUAAAACCAUUUUAGUCCACGGGAAAUAUGUGCAUUCUCUAUGAAACAAGUGAUUAAAAAAAAUUGUUCAGAGCAACAUUUAAAUUAAUUAAUUAAUUUAAUUAUUAUUAGCGCUAUCUUAUAAUUAUUGUUAACAUUUAAUGACAGUUACUAUGAAAUCUUCAAAUUAAUGCCAAAUGUUACUGUUCAACAGAAACCCUUGAAGUUAAAUCACUGACUUCUGUUGACUUUUACUGUGUGUGUAUAUAAGUUGGGAGAGCAAUAAUUCUGCCCUCAAAUAAAAGAAAGAUCGCCCUUUACAAACAUGUAAAUAAGUUUAUUUACCAUCAACGUCUAUCAACUUACUUGCACUUUUAUUGAGAAGUUGUCUUUAGAUGUUAAAUAAUUGUUAUUAUAAUAUUCUUAGGGAAUUUGCACUAAGUCGUAGCUUUCCUGUAACUAAGCAUUUUAAUUCAUUGUUUUGGGUGUUUAAAUAAUGUCAACUUGCAAUUUUAUUCUCGUCUAGCACAGCCUUUCCUCCAAUCAAAGUGUAUUCCGUAUUGUAACUGAACUGAUUGUUGGUGUAUAGCCUAAUGUAGACUUUGGUUCGAUUAGACUACACCGAACACGUACGUGUUUCUCAAACUUGACUUUUACACAACAUAUAGGUCUUUCCCUUCAUCUGUUGUUGUCAUUGUUAUAAUGGUUAUUUAAAAUUCUAUUUUUUGUAAAUUACAGUAGAAAUUUACUCAAACCAAAGAAAUAGACUUCUGUAAGCAGCAUUACAGUUUUAAUGUUAACUUAUUAGAUGAAUAGACAUGAUGUACACAUUUAAAUCAUAUUUGACUAUCCAGUAGGCGCUUUGAGGUUGUUACAAUUUGUUACGGUGAUGUUCAAAUCCUGAAAGUGAUGAAAUAUUGCAGUUUUACUUUUAUUAUUUUAGAAUUCGAUAACGUUAAUUACGAUAGUGAGAGGCUACUGCACAAUUUAUUAAUCUCGACUCAGAAUGUGAUGAGUUUUACGCUGACAGGCUUUAUUAAUAUUGUAAAAGUAUUUGUACGCAUAGUUUAAAAUUAAUGUAAAGUUAGUGUUACUUUUUAUUGUUAAAUUAUUUGUAUAAAUUAUAGGUUUUAUUUAAAAUCUUGCCAAAUAAACAUUUUCUAUUUUGUGCAAUUUUAAUAAUUAAUAGGUAAAUAUUAAAGUACAACUAAUUUUCAAACACGA